CGCACAGGCACACACUCCUCAGACAGGAAGGUAACUGACCCUGGGUCAAAAUGACCGAGCGCUUCGACUGCCACUACUGCAAGGAGUCCCUGUUUGGGAAGAAGUACGUCCUGAGAGAGGAGAAUCCCUACUGUGUGAAAUGUUACGAGAGCCUGUACUCCAACACCUGCGAGGAGUGCAAGAAGCCCAUUGGCUGCAACACCAGGGAUCUGUCCUACAAGGACCGUCACUGGCAUGAGGAGUGUUUCAAGUGCUUCCAGUGUAAGCGCUCACUGGUGGACAAGCCCUUCUCUACCAAGGAUGAGCAGCUCCUCUGCACCGAGUGCUACUCCAAUGAGUAUUCUUCCAAGUGCCAUGAGUGCAAGAAAACCAUCAUGCCAGGCUCCAGGAAGAUGGAGCACAAGGGGAACAGCUGGCAUGAGACCUGCUUCACCUGCCAGAGAUGCCAGCAGCCAAUUGGCACUAAGAGCUUCAUCCCCAAGGAUAACCACAAUUUCUGUGUGCCCUGCUAUGAGAAGCAGUUUGCCAUGCAGUGUGUGCACUGCAAGAAGCCCAUCACUACUGGUGGGGUGACCUACCAUGACCAGCCCUGGCACAAGGACUGCUUCCUGUGCACUAGCUGCAAGCAGCAGCUGUCUGGCCAGAGGUUUACCUCCAGAGAUGACUUUGCCUACUGCCUCAACUGCUUCUGCAACCUCUAUGCAAAGAAAUGUGCCUCUUGCACCACCCCGAUUAGCGGCCUUGGAGGCAGCAAGUACAUUUCCUUUGAGGAGCGCCAGUGGCACAACGACUGUUUCAACUGCAAGAAGUGCUCCGUGUCCCUGGUUGGCCGUGGCUUCCUCACUGAGCGUGAUGACAUCCUGUGCCCAGAGUGUGGCAAGGACAUCUAA